CACCUGACCAGGACUCUGCAGAAACAAUGGCGGCGCCCAUGCUGCGCCGGUGCUGUCCUGGGAAACGAUGGGCUUUCGCCUACGUGGACGGCGGCUCGCGCCUGGGAAGAGGGGCUCCGCCAGGGUCCGCGUCCAGCAAGAGUAGGGGGCAGAGCUCAGUAGCCCAACAGUCCCUCAGCACGUCCCAGAGCCCGAGUAAACCCAAGUGGAUAGCGGUGGUAGGUUUGGAAAUUCAUGCACAGAUAUCCUCCAACUCUAAACUCUUCUCUGGAUCUCAAGUUCACUUUGCAGCACCUCCAAAUUCUUCUGUCUCCUUUUUUGAUGCAUCUCUGCCUGGAACUUUGCCGGUGCUCAACAGGAGGUGUGUGGAGGCGGCAGUGAUGACCGGCCUGGCGCUCAACUGCCACAUCAACAGGAAGUCCCUGUUCGACCGGAAGCACUACUUCUACGCCGACCUCCCCGCCGGCUACCAGAUCACCCAGCAGCGCCUCCCCAUCGCUGUGAACGGGAGCCUGGCCUACAGCAUGUACACAGGCCCACAGCCGAGCCAGGUGGUCACCAAGACUGUGCGGGUGCGGCAGAUCCAGCUGGAGCAAGACAGCGGCAAGAGCCUGCACGACGAGCAGCGGGCUCAGACGCUCAUCGACCUGAACCGGGCCGGGGUCGGCCUUCUGGAAGUGGUCCUGGAGCCCGACAUGACCUGCGGGGAAGAGGCUGCCACAGCCGUGCGGGAGCUGCAGCUCAUCCUGCAGACGCUGGGCAGCAGCCAGGCCAGCAUGGCAGAGGGCCAGCUGAGAGUGGACGCCAACGUAUCUGUGCAUCGUUCUGGGGAGCCUCUGGGGGUGCGGACGGAAGUGAAGAAUCUCAACAGCGCCAGGUUCUUGGCCAAAGCCAUCGACUAUGAAAUCCAAAGGCAAAUCAGUGAACUUGAGAAUGGAGGUGAAGUUGUGAAUGAGACUCGCUCCUUUGAUUACAGGCUGGGGUGCACCGUGUCGAUGCGAGACAAGGAAGGCAAACAGGACUACAGGUUCAUGCCCGAGCCCAACCUGCCGCCCCUGGUGCUCUAUGACUCCGCGUCCCUGCCUGCCGGCGCCGACCCCCAGCAAGUCGUCAACAUCGACCAGAUCCGCCAGCAGCUGCCCGAGCUGCCCAGGGUGACCCGAGAGAAGCUGGUGCAGCGGUACGGGAUGCUGCCACGGCACAGCGCCGCCCUUCUGAAUGAAGCUGGCCUCCUGGAAUUCUUCCAGAAUGUGAUCAGAGAAACUCAGGCCGACCCCAAGACAGUGACCAGCUGGGUCCUCAACACGUUCCUGGGGUUUUUGAAGCAGCAGAACCUCGCUGUCAGGGACAGUCCCGUGAGCCCCUCCGCCCUGGCCGAGCUCCUCAACCUGCUGGACAGGAAGGCAGUUUCCUCAUCUGCGGCCAAACAGGUAUUCGCCGAGCUGUGGCGGACCCCGGGGAAGAUGCCAGCGCAGAUCGUGGCCGAGAAGCAGCUUGACCUGAUGCAGGACCAGGAGGCGCUGGAGCAGCUGUGCCGGGCCACGCUGGACAACAACCCUCAAAUGGUGAUGGACGUGAAGAAAGGAAACCCCAAAACGAUAAACAAACUCAUUGGGUUGGUCCGAAAAGCGACUCAAAACCGAGCAGACCCACGGGUGAUCAAGGAGACACUGGAGAGGCAGCUGGCACCACCCUGAGACCCCGCCGGGGUCGUGGGUACGUACGUCGGCCACGCCAGGGCGGGAGCCUCAGCCCCAGCGUGUCACCCAACGUCCCUAGGACCAGAGCAGCAGCCGUCUGCAGUGGCUUCCACAAGACAGGAAGGACACCGACAGAUGCUGUGGUACAGACUCUGGUUGUGGGGCUCCUUCCACAGCCAGGCCAUGGGAGAGCACAGCCUGUGACCCACCCCACCCCCACACUGCUCUGUGUUAAGGAUAAAGGGUGGGGGCACUUCUUGUUUUAAAAAUAAAAAAGACAAUGCAUUUUUAAAUAAAUUUAAUGAAUAAAAUAUAUACUGAAAUAUUACAUUA